UCUUGUUCCUGAUCAGAGCAUCUCUGAAUAUUUUGCACAACUUGGCAAAGGCACCAGGAAACAAGCAUGUUUACAGAGAAGAGAAAGUGGCGGAGCAUAUGGAACUGUAUCUUGAGGGCGAUCCUUAUCUCAAGGCGGUUUGCAUGAUGACACUCGCUUACAUCGUUGAGGAAGGUCAAGAGGAGAUUUUAGCUGAGAAAGGGACCAACACGAUAGAGUAUCUCGUUGAAAUCUUGAAGGAUGCCCAGAAUAGCAAAGACAAAAGAUGUCAAGGGUUAUCUGAUCAGGAAGUAACUGCUGCUUUGGGAAGAUUAGCUGCACAUGACAACAAUAAAAAGAAGAUUGUAGAAGCUGGAGGUCUUCCUCUCAUUAUAAACAUGCUACAUGAGAAAACUACAGUGGCACAGGAAGCUGCAGUGAAUGCAUUGUGGAGCUUGGCAUUCUGUGAUGAUGUGAGUGAGAAACUGAGAACUAAUACAGAUUGCAUGGAGAUAUUGCAAGAGCUCUCAGUAAGUUCAUCGCCGGAGGUCUCAAAGGCAGCUCACGGUGCAUUGUGGGUAAUCAACAAAGAAGGUGAAAAGACAGACCUUGAGAAAAAGAGCACGGAAGGUGCAGGAACAAUGAAGAGCGUUCAGAGCAGACGGCAGCAUGUGAUGAUCAGCUACCAGUGGGAUAAUCAACCAUUGAUCCUUCAAAUGAGAGAUGAAAUAAAGAGAGCUGGUUACAAACUCUGGGUAGAUGUUGACUGUAUGUAUGGCUCUACACUACAAGCAAUGGCAGAAGCCAUAGAGAAUGCAUGUGCCAUUGUUAUGUGUAUAUCAGAGAGGUACAAAGAGAGCCCAAACUGUAGAACAGGAAGGCUCUAG